AUGCCUGGCACUAACGUGGAUAGUAGUACUACUGAAGAGCAUUUCGGUGGUCUUUCAAGCUGCAUGGUUGGAGGAACCUCCGAGGAUUGCUCGGAACGCCGCGCCUCCGCUGGACCAUUCCCCGACAUAACCGCCGAGAAAAGCGCGGCGGACGGCCGGAAGGGUCCGCAUGCGUUCGCUGAUCUCAUCGACGGCGUACACGGGCUCCACGUUUUGCGGAUUAACAGCCGAUUAGCUGCUCGUCCUUCCGUCGCCACCACCGCCGCUUCCGUUUCCCCGCCGGACCACUCCCGUCCGCCCCCCGAACCUCCCGCGACCUCGUCCCUUCCGGUGGCCAGGCCUGCCACGUCAGCGGCGGCUUCUGCGGCUUCGUGGAACUCGCAGGAGAACUCGUCUGCUGGGCACGCGUUUGGGCAGCAUUAUUUGUCGCUAGUGGAGGGUGACAAGGCUCGACACAGAAUAUACUACGUGCAGCUCGGCAUUGGCACGCCGCCUCAGACGUUCAACCUGGACAUAGGCACGGGAAGCAACCUGCUCUGGCUCAGCUGCUUGAUUACUUACGCCCUCCCUCCCCCUUCUCCCUGCACAUCCUCUCUUCCGCCCCUCAACCCUUCUCCCCAUCCGCCCCCCAACCCGGCUCCCCAUCCGCCCCCCAACCCGGCUCCCCAUCCGCCCCCCAACCCGGCUCCCCAUCCGCCCCCCAACCCGGCUCCCCAUCCGCCCCCCAACCCGGCUCCCCAUCCGCCCCCCAACCCGGCUCCCCAUCCGCCCCCCAACCUGGCUUCCCAUCCGCCCCGCACGCAGCAUAUACUACCCCCCCCCCGCGCUCCUUUCCCCAGCCCCCCCCCCCCCCGCGCUCCUUUCCCCAGCCCCCCCCCCCCUCGCUCCUUUCCCCGGUCCCUCCGCUCCUGUUCCCCAUCCCUCCUUCCCGUUCUCCGUCUUUUCCCCCUUCCCUCUUUCCCCCCGCUACCUCCCUCCCUCCCCCUCCCUCACCUCCUGUUCCCCCUCCCUCCCUCACUCCCGUCCCUUCUCCCCGUGUGGCAGCAAACCAAUCCGCCCUUUGAUUCCACCAAGUCAACCUCACAAACCAACCCGCCCUUCGACUCUGCCAAGUCAUCCUCAGUCAAGCUCCUUCAAUGCUCCAACAAAGCGUGCAUCAACCCCGACCGAACCGUCAAGAUCCGCAACUGCAACGUCACCGCCAAGCCUCUGGCUAAAGGCUCGGCAGCAGGCUCGGCAGGAGGUUCGGGGGAGGAUUUGGGGUGUAUGUAUUCGGUGGCGUAUGGGGAUGGGAGUGGGACGUCAGGACGCCUGCUUGGUGACGUCAUCCAUCUGCCCAUCUCAGGGUCUGCUCGGGCCUUCAAAGUUCCCAUCACUUUUGGCUGUGGGAACUCGCAGCAGGGCAACUUUUACAACGGCCUGGGCUGGACCUACUACCAGGCGCUAGACGGGCUCAUAGGGCUGGGCAGGGGGUCGCUCUCUCUACUCACAGCCGUUGGAGCUUACAAGGAGUUCUUCCCCAUUCGGCAGGUGGUGGCGCAUUGCCUGGGGGGCGAUGGCGGAGGUGGGUGGAUGACAGUGGGGGACCUUCCCAUUCCGCCUCUCACCGCCUUCACACCCCUGCGACCAGACGAAACUUUCUACAAAGUGACACUGAGGAAGGUGUUUGUGGGGGGAAUAGAGGUGGCGGUGAAUCCAGCGCAGUAUGGCAACCUGACCCACGGCAAUGCCAUCUUUGACAGCGGCACCACCUACUCCAUCAUGCCGCCUCUCUUUGUCCCGCCCCUCUUCCACCUUAUCCAGACGGCAGUGGGGCUGCCGCGCUAUCCCUUCUCCAUUGGCAAGGAGGGCUCGCUCUGCUUUUCCUCCACCGACGAGCUGACAGCAGAGGAUGUGAGGAACCGUUUCCCCCACAUCAACCUGCAAUUCGAAGGGAGGGGCGUGUUCAUGAAUUUGCCGCCCCACACGUACACGUUCAAAGCCAUGGACGAGGGGGUGGAGAUAGUGUGCACGCAGGUGGUGCUGGGGUCUGAUACCAUGAAGGCCCCUCAUGGACUGGCUUUCAUCAUCGGAGCUCUAUGGAUGAGGGAUUUCCUUGUGAUUCACGACCAGGAGGACAACCGGGUUGGUUGGGCUGCCAUGAAAUGCACUUGA